AUGAAACGGGAGCAGGAGGUGCCGGUGCUGCCGCCCCGCGCGGCGGAGGCGGGCGCCGCCGAGCCCGAGCCGCCCGUGUGGAUCUUCGGCUACGGCUCGCUCGUGUGGCGGCCGGGCUUCGAGUUCACGUCGCGCAAGGUGGGCUUCAUCCGCGGCUACAGCCGCCGCUUCUGGCAGGGCGACACCUUCCACCGCGGCAGCGCCAAGGCGCCCGGCCGGGUGGUGACGCUGCUGGAGGAGCGCGGGGCGUGCACCUGGGGCGUAGCCUACAAGGUGUGUGGAGAGCAAAUUGCUGCAUCACUGCAGUACCUGAACGUGCGCGAAGCCGUCCUGGGAGGCUACGACACCAAGCUCGUGAAGUUCCACCCGCAGGAGAAGGAUGCGGGAGAGCCCAUCUUGGCUCUCGUUUACAUCGCGACGCCGCAGAACCCGUCCUACCUGGGCCCAGCCUCUGAAGAAGACAUUGCAGCUCAAAUCAUUGUCUCAAGUGGUUGUGCUGGCCAUAACAUCGAGUACUUGCUGAGACUGGCGGACUUCAUGCGCUUCUUCUGUCCUCAAGCAGAGGAUGAACAUCUCUUCUCCAUUGAAGAGGCCCUUAUUUCUAUUCUUCCCAGCUUGUACCUCACAGAGGAAUCCCUAGAAGAAACUGCAAAUGUCCCUUCUAGGGGCUGAAGCAGAAGACUUGUGGGACACCAGUAAAAUGAACAUAAGGGAGAAAGUAGGACAACCUUAAUUCCAACAAAAUAUACUGGACUGGGCGAAUAUAAAGGGAAUCUUAGCAAAUAAUAGGGGAGGGGGGAAGAGGAGGAGCUGUAAAGGAUGCUUGCUAUGGGACUUGCAAUUGAUGUGCCUGUUACACUCCUUAUCUGUAACACUAAGCCAGCUACUGGCUGGUAGAUAACUCUGCUCUCUAUGAGUUGCUUCUGGGGUCAAACCUGAAGCUCUCUCUCUAGAGAAGAGGCUUGUCUCUUCCGUGUGCUUCCUUCCUCUUAGUUUUCUUUUUUUUCCCUUUUCCCUUCUCCUUUCCUCUUCUUUCUCUAGAGACCAGUUGAGCAGGACUUAACUGAGCUGAAGCAGUAUACAUGUAAUUCUACCUCAGACUGGCAAAGCUGCUUGUGUGGUGGUGGAGCCUUAGGCAGGUGCUGCCAAACAAGAUCUCCUGUUUUUCCCUGUCCCUGCUCCACUACAAUGACCUGACAGGAAAUGUCAGGAUUUCUGUGCAAUAUUAAGAGAACUAGCCUCUGUAGGCUGCUGUGGUACUACUUCCUUGCCUUGCAAAGGAUCAGAUGAAUGCACUUUUUUCUUAAAUGUCAUGUAUUUAUUAUGUGUUGUAUGUCCACUUAGGAGAAGUAUCUGAACUGUUUUAUUUGCAUACUACAGUGGUAUGUGGUUCACAUUCAACCUUGCAUUUGUGCCUUCUAGUUUAGAUCAGUUUUUUUGAGGAGCUAAGCCUGCUUUAAUGAUGAAAGCUUUUCUCCAAGCUUCACUGAGCCUCACCUGCUAUGGAUCUAGCUGACUUGGUGAGAAGCGGUCCUGCCUGUGGGGGAAGUCUCUGCACUGUCUGCAGGAAAGCUGUCUGGAUACAGCAGUGCUUUAACCCUCUGCUGGAUGAGCCUGUUACACUUCUGGAUAAUAUGAGCCUCUCUAAAAGAAGGUUCCAGUUUCCUACUGAGGUGUCUCAGCAAUCCCACCUGUGUCAUACAGCUUCCUCUGACUGCAAGGGACCAUGACUGAGCAUAUUUGCAAGCCUUU